GGCUGUGUGCGUCAUUUCCCGGCGGCGCGGAACCGGGGAGCCAACGGCCUGCGGAGCAACAUGCCUAAGUUUUAUUGUGACUACUGUGAUACGUAUCUGACCCAUGAUUCUCCAUCUGUGAGAAAGACACACUGCAGUGGUCGGAAACACAAAGAGAAUGUGAAAGACUACUACCAGAAAUGGAUGGAAGAGCAGGCCCAGAGCCUGAUUGACAAAACAACGGCUGCAUUUCAACAAGGAAAGAUACCUCCAGCUCCAUUCUCUGCUCCUCCUCCUGCAGGGGCCAUGAUCCCACCUCCCCCCAGUCUGCCGGGUCCUCCUCGCCCUGGCAUGAUGCCUGCACCCCACAUGGGAGGCCCUCCCAUGAUGCCAAUGAUGGGCCCUCCUCCUCCUGGGAUGAUGCCCGUGGGACCUGCUCCUGGAAUGAGGCCACCUAUGGGAGGCCACAUGCCCAUGAUGCCUGGGCCUCCAAUGAUGAGACCUCCUGCUCGACCCAUGAUGGUGCCCACUCGGCCUGGCAUGACUCGGCCAGACAGAUAAGAGCAGAAAGGCUCUUUUUCAGUUUUGUACUUCUUGUUCUGUUUCACCAGGAGAUGACGGUGCUGAGCCUGAGUGUUUUCUAGCUGCAUGACAGGAAGGCUUCCCCUUCCGAACAGAGAGAAGUGGGACAAAAAAAGUGCAGCUUUCACUGACAUUGUGAAAUGUGAAAAUAAAAUUGUCAGCUGUUUUAGUUAAAA